AUGAUGGCAGCCAAGCUGGACGACUACGUGAUCCAGCGGCGACUUGCGCCUGCACUGUUCGGCGAUGUGCUGCUGUGCCAGCACAAGCCGACAGGCAACAUGGUGGCUGUGAAGCGCGUACUUCAGAGCGCCGCCAACGCGCAGCUCACGCUUUCGAGCAAUAAGAAGGUGCGCGAGAACGUGGCUCUCGAACGCGCUCUGUAUCACCAACUUAACCGCGUCGGCGGCCACCGCAACCUUCUCAAAUUACGCGAUGAGAUCGAGUUCGAUGGAUAUCUGUAUCUCGUUUCCGACUUCUGUGCACGUGGCGAAUUGUACGAGCUCGUGAGCUCCACCGAGGACGGCAAGCUACCACUACCCGUCAUUACGAAAUACAUGCGCCAGAUCGCCAGUGGCGUUCAAUUUUUACACGCCAAUGGUUUCGCACAUCGCGAUUUGUCACUGGAGAACGUCUUGGUCACAGACGAUGAUCAAUGCCAAGUGUGUGACUUCGGCCUCGCCGCCUCAACAGCCAAGCCCAGUCGCGAGACUGUAGGCAAACUCUUCUACAUGGCACCAGAGGUGCUGGCUGGCGUGCAGUACGACGCCACAAAGGCCGACGUCUGGUCACUUGGCGUCAUGCUGUUCAUCAUGCUUAUCGGAGCUCCUCCCGUUGAAACGGCGUCGUCGUCGGACGCCAGAUUCAGACUCAUUACUAACAAGGGAAUCAGGAAACUCAUCGACCGCUGGGGGCUCACCAAGGAGCUGCCGGCCGCCUCUAUUGACCUCAUCGCCGAUAUGCUCGAAGUCGACCCGGAGCAGCGCAUCUCGAUGGCCGAGGUGGUGUCUCACCCGUUCUUGCUGCGAUCCAGCUCCAUCGCUUCGCCGCAGCGUGUCGUCGCGCCUAAGAUACAGCAGACGCGUGUCGCCUCUCCGGCUAAGCAGACACCACAGCCAACGGCUUCGCAUUCGUCGGCGUCCAUGUACUCGACCCGUCCCGAGUCGGACGGCAUCGAGCGCAGCGGCUGCCGGCUGCUAUUUCACAAGAUUCACCGCUUCUUCUCGCGUCGUCACAACAAACGCGUGAUGGCUGUGCGCCGAGGCCCUGGCUCAUCAAAGCGAGCGCAUGCCAAGCGCUUCGCGAACGCCGCCUGA